AUGAAAGCCGAUCUGGCUGAGAUACAUGGAGAUGUCCCCGCUGGAUUCGGUCAACUGCUCUGGCACAUGCUCCUGGCAACCGCCACAAAGUAUCCGAGCAGGGAUGCUAUUGUUACCAUGGUAGACGACACGGACACCCCUGCUUUUGGCUCUGAGGUGGCUGCUCAGCGAUGGAGCUACCAAGAGCUCUUAGACAAGGUCGAUGCGGUGGCACAUCGGCUUGCUCAUCUCGGCUGUGGCGGCGCCGGCAACACACUAGUUGUCAUCACCAGAAAUAUCGCAGAAUGGGGGUUGUUCUUUUGGGUGGCAGCAAAACUCGGAAUGGUGUUCAUUCCGUUGGGUCCAGGAGCCAAAGAUGACCUCGGUUCAUUGUUGUCAGUCUCUUCUCCCCAGGCACUCUUUGUCGAGGACGAAGAGAUGGCUCAAACAGUUGAAGGCUGGGCGAUCGCUAGCAAACGCUCCAUCCAUACCAAGAUCCUUCCUGCCACUGGUGAUAGAACGGGGUGGCUUUCGCUUGCGGUGAUAGAGGUUGAAGCACACAAAUUGUGUCAGAUGAGGUGCCAGUUUGACAGCCUGCGGGCAGGCGGUACCGGCAGCAACGCUCUCAUCAUCUUCACCAGCGGCACAACCGGCACGCCCAAGGCUUGCGUACACACUCACGACAAUCUUAUCUCCCAGACCCACGACUAUGACCCCAACCCAGAUCCUGAAUUCGUGGACAGAUGGCUCAUCCAUACUCCAGUCCACCACAUAUUCGCCAUCAACAACACUUUGCGCGCAUGGCGCAUGGGUGGCGCCAUUAUUUUGCCUUCUCCUACAUUCAGCGUUCGCUCCAGUCUUCGCGCAGUAGUAAGGGAGCAGUGCACCAUCAUGUCCGCCACCCCGACGCUGAUCAGAGCUAUGCUUGCGGAGAGCGACUGCCCUGAUGUCAACAAAUUCAACCUCUCCAUCAUAACGCUGGCCAGUACGAUGAUAUCUCCCGAGGAUAUCCGUCUUUGCAAGCAAUCACUCGGCUGUCGUCACGCUAUCCAAGCAUAUGGAAUGAGCGAGACCGGUCCAGUCGUAAGCUGGCAGAGGAAUGACCCUCUCCUUGUCGACGGCUUCCACGCCGGUGUGGGCAAAGUCCUUCCAGGAGCCUCAAUUCGUGUGUGCCAGCCCAGCACACGUCAAAUUUUAUGCGUUGACGACGUAGGCGAGCUUCAUGUGUCCGGACCCUCUGUUAUCCACGGCUAUCUGAACUCGAAAACCAAUAACAGUUUCUAUGAGGAAGAUGGGCGUCGGUGGCUCGUAACUGGUGAUCGAGCUCGAGUGGGCGAGGACGGUGUGGUGUAUAUCCUCGGACGCUACAAGGACUUGAUCAUUCGUGGCGGGGAAAACAUUGAUCCUGCCACCAUUGAGAGGGUCAUUUCGACGCUGUCCAACGUUGAAGUUCAAGUCGUCGGCUAUCCAGACGAGGUUGCUGGGGAAGUCCCGGUCGCCGUUGUUAAACGGCCCGAGAACGUGCCCAGCAGCGCAAUCUUUGAAAAAUCUCGCAGUCUUGGCUCCAAGUAUACACUUGGCGCCAUCUAUGAUCUCUCACAGCUUGGCCUUGAAGAAAUGCCCGUCACGUCACUCAAGAAACCGAAACGACAGCUCCUCAAGGCUGCCCUCUCAAAAUUCAUUGACAGUAGCAAGAAACAAGAGUCGGCUCAAGCUAAACGCGCUACUUCUGAGCUGUCCGUCUUGGCGGAAAAACUUGCUGCGGUGUGGGAGGAGCUUUGUGGUGUGCGGCCACAGCCGCAACAGAAUGUGCACACCUUCGCCGACAGUAUAUUACUUUUACAAUACUGCGAUCGAGUUUUUCGUCUCCUUAAAAUCCCGCUCUACCUGCAGGAUCUAUUCGAAAGAAAGACUAUCUCUUCUCAGGCUCGUCUACUUCUUUUGCGAAGUUCUGGCAAUGCCUCGGUCUCUCGAGUGAGUCCUGGCUCCGCCCCGAGCGGUCAAAACGUUCCUGACAAAAAGCUGCCUGUCGACGUCAACAAUCCCAUGGAGAUACAUUCGGGCAUCGUCUCUGCGCUGCCUCGCGACGCAGUGUCAGAGUCGGUCAUGUCGCUCCGGGCCAACCAAUACCGCAUGGUGGAGGGUCAACGUCCCCAAUCUUACCAUAUCCGCUUGGUCUAUCGGAUCGCGGAACUCUCAAGUACACGAAUUAUGGAAGCACUGCAGACACUAGUGUCCAAGACCCCAAUUCUUCGGUCUGUGCUGCUCAAAUCAACGACAACAAGCACAUGGCAGCUUUCUAUACCCAGUGAGGGUCUUGUUAGUGACGUGCUACAUGAGGGCGAGACUGCAACGGAAGAGGAGGUCAAGCUCCGCCUCAGCCAAGAGUCUACAUCCGCCCUCCAGCUUCCCUUUACCUUUCGGACUGACAUCAUAAAAUGUGCUGAUACAAGUGGCCAUUUUCUUACCAUGUACUUCAACCAUGCAGUCGUCGACGCCAUGUUGCUCUGGUCCAUCUUACGCAACCUCGACGAUGUUUUGCACGACCAGGCCACAGAAUUGCCCGAGCCCGUUCCUUACAGUCUCUGGGCCAACCUGUGGCAGCAGAAUCGCCGCAACGACUUCGCUUGUAACGCUGUCACCCGACUAGCAGGCAGACUUCGCGGUAUCUCCCGUUUCCCAGACGCACUGUGGCCGCCACAGCGAGCGCCGGGGUGGAUGAUCGCUGAUGACAGCAGCUCGCCAUACUUUGCGGCCCGCAACGCCGUCAGGGAGUCCGUUUGGAAGGGUUCGUGGAUGUCGGUCGCCGACGAUUUCCGUUUUCCGCGCCGCGGCCGCAUUGUGCGACUGCCACAUCUGGCCGCUUUGCAAGCCGAGCACGGCAUUACAGCCGACGUGCUCGCGCGUUGCGCCCUCAUUCUAUUCAACAUCCGGCAAACACGUUCUCCCUAUGCCAUCUUUAACAGCUGGGAAGCGGCGCGCUCCUGGCCGUUUGUGCCCAGUUGGAUGCAGACAUGCCUUCCACCGGCCAUGGCUGUUGACGGCCCUACGACGCAGUGGCGCCUCAACAUGUAUAGCGCAGGCGAGAACGAAAAGGCGUUGGAUUUUCUCAAGAGAAUUGGAGAUGAAGAGGUAUCACUCGCAGAUCACAUUCAUGCUCCGUGGGAUGAUGUUAAAUCAGCUUUGAGUGAGGAGGCCAUUGUCGCAGAAGAUGCGUCCUUCAGGCAAGGCUUCGUGUGGGACGUGACGUUGGGCAUGUCGGUGCAAAACAAACGUCACUCGAGCUAUAAAGUGUUAGAGCCAAUCAGUCGUCACGAUUGGCCAGAUUGUGGAAUAUUCUGGAAUGCGUUCAUGGUCGACAGGGAAAACAUGUACUUUAUCGCAUCGUGGGACACGGCACAGCUGAGUGGCGAUGAAGUAGACGGCUACUGUGAUUCCUUGGCCGAGCUGAUGAGGGCGCUCGCUAACAUGAGCAACUGGGACCACCCUUUGAAGGAGGUGUCACCAGUCUUGUGA